AUGGCUGAACCUACAACCUCGAAUCCGCCGUCGACCAGCCCGACUGUCAUCAUUGUCGGUCUUGGAAUUGCCGGCCUCACAGCCGCCAUUGAAUGUCAGCGACGUGGCUUUACAGUCAUCGGGCUGGAGAAGAAACCGGACUCGAAGCAGCUCGGCGACCUCAUCGGCCUCAGCGGCAACGGCGUUCAGGUUAUCGCCCGCUGGAGCCACGGCGCCGUGGCCCACGCCCUCCGAGCCACGCGGUCCAACAACUCCAGCUUCGAGAUCUACGAUAUCGCCGGCGACCUGAAGGGUGCUGCUCCGUACGACCCGGACGAUCCAGCCCAGGGGUUUGUGAUACGGCGCAAUGCGCUCGUCGAGGCUCUGCUCCAGGAGGCGAGACGGCUGGGGGUGGAUUUGCGAUAUAACGUGAGUAUUCAGCAGUACUGGGAGACUGACCGAGAGGCGGGAGUGGUUACUGUUUCUCGAAGAGGGGGCAACGGCGAAGAAGCACAAGAAGAAAGGGAGGAGAAGCUCGUGGCUGAUGCGGUUAUCGCCGCCGAUGGUGUGCAUAGUACGGCCAGGGAGUUCGUUCUCCACGGAGCAGGAGCAGACAAUGGAAGCCAGAAUGAUAGUGCCACCAUCAAGUUGCGAAAGAGUGGCGGUGGGAUUUUUCGGUCACAUUUCGAUGCACGCUUGUGCGCUGAGGAUGAGAAGGCACGGUGGGUGUUGGAAGGAACCGAGCAGAACGAUCGGUUUCGAGGGUACAUGGGGAAGGAAGUUGGGAUUGUGAUGGGGACGACUGGAAAUGGAGAGUUCGUGUUCUGGACUUGUUUUCAUCGGGAUACGCCUGACUCGAAAGCGGAAAGUUGGGUUCAAAUCUGCAGCGUUGACCCGGUCUUGGAGUAUAUCAAGGACUGGCCGAUUGGCGAGCAACUUUCCGCGGUGAUUUCUCGAACCCCACAAGGAAACUGCUUCAAUCAUCUGCUGCUCACCAGUGAUCCCUUGCCAACUUGGGUUUCCAACAAGAGUCGAGUGAUGAUCAUCGGCGACGCAGCACACCCUACCCUUCCGCAUGCUGGGCAGGGGGCAAACCAGGCGAUUGAGGAUGCGGCCGUCGUGGCGAUUUCACUGGAGUUGGCGGGUAAGAAGGGUGAUAUACCUUUAGGGCUGAAAGUCGCGGAGAAGAUUCGCCACAAGCGAGCCACCCUCAUCCAGGAAGGCUCGAUCGUUGCUCAGGAAAUCAGUCUGAAAGGCGGCUUCGAUGCAGAUAACCAGGAGGAUAGCGCUAGUACGAUCCCCCGCCAGGCUUGGAUCUACCUGCACGACUGCGUGGAGUACACUUAUAAAGAGUUCGAGCGGGCGGCCGCUGCGGUGAGGGAUGUUACUCUGGUGUAUGUGCCGACUAAUGUGCCGGAAGAUGGGAAGUAUCGUUAUGUGGAUGAUUUUGCUGCCGAUAAGGAGAAGAAGUAGACCAGAGGUUGGGUGAUUCUGGAUUUUAGGUGGAUUUCAUCAAGCAUCGACAUCUGGGAGAUGAUGCACUGGAGUUAAUCUGGGGUAAUACUUGCAAUGUGAAUACACUUUAAAUUCUAGGAUAUCUCGUGUUAGCUUGUAGGAUAAUCGUAGCAUGACGCUGGCUGGU